CGAGGAGGCGCUCGCCGAUCAGUGCGGCGGCGGCGGCGGCGGCGGCGGAGGCGAUGGGGGCGGCGGAGGAGGUGCUGGGGGCGGGGAUGUCCGGCGGCCGCUCAAGGCGGUUGUCUUCUCGCAGUGGGUUGGGAUGCUUGACCUGGCGGAGCGCGCGGUGCAGCGCGAGCUCGGCGUGCGCACGGUCCGGCUCGUCGGCGCGAUGAGCCUGGACCAGCGGCGAGAGGCGCUCGCCGCCUUCCGGGAGGACCGGCGCGUGCGGGUGAUGCUGCUCUCGCUCCGCGCCGGCAACGUCGGCCUCAACCUGACCGCGGCGCGGCGCGUCUUCCUCCUCGACCCGUGGUGGAACCCUGCCGUCGAGGAGCAGGCCAUCAACCGGGUCCACCGCAUCGGGCAGCCGGAGGAGGUGUCGGUGGUGCGGCUGGUCGUGCAGGGCACCGUCGAGGAGAAGAUGCUCGAGCUGCAGGGGCGCAAGCGGCGCAACGCGGAGCGGCUGCUCGACGACGCCGCCGGCGCCGACGAGGAGGCGUCGCGCCAGCUCCGCAUGUCCGACCUGGCGCUCUGCUUCGAGUGAGAGUGUGGCGGGAAGUUGGUCUCGGCGCCCGAGCGUGCUGUGGAGCGGAGU